CGAUUACUCCAAGUGGGACCAUCUCGGUGACGGCAGCGAUGAAGAUGAUGACGGUUCCCCAGCGCACUCGUCGGCACAGGCUCUGGCAGCUGCCUUAUCCGGCAUGUCUAUCGGGGACUCGCCGACCAGACCCUCCGCAUCAACAAGCACGACGAGCGCCGCGGACGGCCGCCUUCCCUUCAGCUCCGGUGAGAUGCCCGGCUACAAGGUGCGGAUGGAAGCCUCGACGCCUGACCCAGAACGAGAGGUCGAGAGAUGCAUUGUGUGCCGCAAGCAGCCUGGGCCCGGCCAGCGGUUGCAGGUGUGCGGUCGGUGUGUGCGUGAGGUGAGUCCCCGCUACUGCAGCCAACAGUGUCUGAAGCAGCAUUUCGACGAGGGGCGGCACACCAAGGCCAUGUGCGAGCGGGGAAGGGAGCUGUAUGUCAACAGAUUAUCUUUGCGGGGGAAUCGGCUGGAUGAGCGAGGAGAGCUUUUUCAAGCAGCAGCGGAUGACGCAGCAAGCGAUUCUGGCCGAGAUCAAGAGCUACCAGCGGCGCACGCGAGUGGUUUUCAACGUCAUGAAGGUGGGCCCAUUCGGCACCGACCGCGUCUAUUGCGUCGUGAGUCUGUUCAGCAACUCAGAGGAAGGGCAUGAGGAGCGCCAUCCCCCUCCCGACACUGGUGCCAUCGUCAGCAAGGACGGCGUGCUGUACCCAAGCUACCAGCUGGUUCCCCUCACCAUACACCACGAUGAAUGGACCGACCAGAGGCUGCCGCACGACGGCUGCGGAGUGAGGAUCACGGCAAUCGUCUCCAAGAUCAUCUCGACCCUGCUCCGCACCAGGGCCCACCUGAGCGGCCGACUCUGGGUCGACCACAACAUCAGAGGCGAGAUCGAUCUGCUGUUCUGGCGCAAGUUCCUGUGCAGGGCUCCCCAUCCCUUGCUCGGCUCACUCACCUUCUACUUCAUCCCCGCACCACUUCAUGUGGUGACCAACACGCUGGAAGCGGCUGCCGUACAAAGCUUCGGCGACGAUCAGGGUGAGGAGCUUCGCGUGGUGAUCAACGAAUUUCUGACGAGGAGCAACCAGAUGCGCCGCCUGCACACGGUCGAGAGCCACCGCGACAUGCUCAACCGUGACGAGGGGCGCAAGGAGAUCGAGUGGGAGGUCAAGGUGAUAGGGGGAGCCGAGGGCAUGAUCGAUCGCAUGUGCCGCGAGGCCGCCAGCCAGGUACUUGCCGUGGCUCGGUGCAUCCUCUUGCCGUGUUCAUGCUGCGGUGUGUGUGCAGAUGGGCGUCCGUCGUCGGCAGUUGAGUGGCGCAGUGGCGCAACUCAAGGCUGAUUUCAUCGAGUCCGCUGUUGCCAUUACCGAUGCCUUCAGGUGGGUACAUUCCUUCCUAUGAGCAUCGCGCCUGCUUCUGUCCGUGAACAGGCACAACCUGAUUGAGUAUACCAGAGGCAUGGAGCACACGAAUCCCUGGGAGCUGUCACUCGGCAAAUUGGCCAAGAUGACGGAGCAGGAGAUGCUGCGUGUCGAGGAGGAGGUGGCGGCCACCGAGUACCCCGAGCACGCCAAGAGAAUGAUGGCCGUCAUGCCUUCUCCCUACUCUGAGGAGAGGGACGGGCCGAUGGUCACCUUGGCUGAUGGGAGGGAGGUGUGUGAUGUCGAUAUGCUGCUCAGCACACAGGGGCUCAUUUGAUGGGGGCAGGGGAAUGUCUUUUUUGCUGUGCAUGCGAGUCAGUGCCGUUUAUUCUCGUUUGCGUACGCGUGAGUGUGUGUGUGUGUGUGUGUGCGUCUGCAAGUGUGUUGAGUGCGCUGACUGCGUUGACGAAUCGUCUGAUAGGACGUGGCAACCAGACCUUUACCUGCUUUAUUGGAUGACAUUCGUCUCGACACACACGUCAAGCCG